AUGAAUUUCAAGCACUUAGCAAACCGUAUUCGUAACUUAAAGCCAUCAAAUGCGGAAGACGAUAUCAGGAACCUGAACAAAUUGCUGAGCUAUCACCAGGACAUGUUAUUUUCCGUUGACAUUGUGAAUGAAAUUUUUUCGUUUUCGCUGCUGAUCAAUUUCUUUGCGGCGGGUGCGUUGCUCUGUCUAGCCGCCGUUAACGUGAUCGCCGGUUCAAGCUUUUAUGACUACAUAAGGCACACUACUUUUUUACUGGUAGCUUUGGCUGAUAUGUAUUAUGUAUGUAAACAUGCUGAUAAUCUGAUGACAUUGAGCACCGAUAUUAGUGACGCGUUCGCCGAGCAUCCUUGGUACAAUGGCAGCAUAUAUUAUCAACGCAUGCUAGUAUUUCCUAUAGCCAGGGCGCAGCGGCCGGCCGCACUGUAUGCAUAUAAAUUUUUUGUUGUCUCAAUGGAAAGUUUCCAAUCUUUACUGACAUCGUCAUAUCAAUUUUUCACAUUGAUUAAAGCCCGCUUUGACGAAGAAUAA